UACAGACACACGAUAAAGACAUUUAUACGAAACAAUAGUCCGAGUGGCGAGGUAACGUUAGAUGAUUUAACGGUCAGUUUGAGAAGAGGUCCGCACUCUUUCCUUGCUGUUUCACUUUCCUCGGCACUUUCCAGUGUGCCCGCUGUUUAGGAACCAUGCUGAGUAAGCUGGAUCUUCAUGGGCACGCAGUCGAGAUUGUGAGACGAUGUGGAGCUGCUGCUCUGAGUGAUGUCAUUGACAGCAAAUUUGGUUGUGUUGCUACUUUCGAUGGAGCGGAUUUCGCACAGCAGAAAAAGCCAACUGUUAUCCCAGAGAAAAGGUUUGAGUUCACGCUUCCAGCAGGUGUCACGGUGUCUGUGUGGAAGGCUGAUCUCACCAAUUGCCCUGUGGAUGCUGUUGUGAAUGCUGCUAAUGAGGAUCUUAUGCAUUUUGGCGGUCUUGCUUUAGCUCUGUCCAAGGCGGGCGGUCCACAAAUCCAAAAAGAAAGUCAGGAUCACAUCUCUGCACAUGGUGUCGUGAAAACAGGCAAUGCAGUUGUCACUGGUGCUGGGUCACUACCAUGUAAAAUGAUAAUUCAUGCUGUUGGCCCAUGUCUUCCAGCAUAUGCCUCUCAGUCUGAUCUCGCUCAAGCUGAAGGGUUGUUGAGGAAGACCAUUUACAGCAUUCUUGACAGAGUUAAAGAAAACAAUCUGAAUAGUGUUGCCAUUCCUGCUGUAAGCUCUGGACUGUUCCACUACCCCCUGCCACAAUGUGCAGACACCAUUGUGUCAGCUGUGAAACACUACUAUGGAUACUAUUCAGCACAUCGUCUUAAAGAGAUCCGGUUUGUGAACCAUGACGAGCCCACGGUCAAGGAAAUGUUGAGGGCCUGCCAGCAGAUCUUGGGCUCCCAACAGUCCAUGUCAUACAGUCAGGCAGCCGGAGGCAUGAGCAGAGGUGAUGCUAAAACCUCAACAACUACUCUCCAGAUGGGAAAUGUCAGCCUGACACUGAAGUGGGGUCAAAUUGAGGAACAGCAGACAGAUGUCAUCGUCAACACAAUCGGAAACAAAUUUGACCGAAAGCUGAACAGUGGUGUAGUUUCCAGUGCCAUACUGAAGAAAGCUGGUGAUAAAUUACAAAAAGAAAUUGUUAGUGCUCCUGCAACUGAAUAUGUCAUCAUGACAAGUGGCCAAAGGCUUCGAUGCAAAGAGGUGUAUCACACUUUUUGCCCCACGAAAGUGAUGUACGCAUCUCAGGCUCAGGAGGCAGCAGCACAAGAGUUUCUUUUAAAAUCAGUAUUGGAUUGCUUGUGGUUGGCAGCCGGAAAGGGCCACAAGUCAAUUGCCUUUCCCGCCAUCGGCACUGGAGCCCUCGGGUUCAGUAAAAAGGAAGUUGCCGACAUCAUGUCAGAGGCAGUGACCCGGUUUGCCAAAAAAUCCUCAAAGAAGAUGGAUGUUUAUUUUGUCAUAUUUCCUUCUGAUGUCGACGUAUUUAAGGCUUUUGAGGAGAAAAUGAGAACUUUCCCACAAAAGCCAUCCUAUCCCAGCCUCACACCUGGACCUGAACCUGAGGGCAGAGGUGAUUUCCAUCGCAGCCGAGGUCCCACUCCACAGAUCAGCCUAAGGGGCCCCUCCCAUGAAGCAGAACGUGAGGCUGAACAAUGGCUCCGAGGCAUUUUCUUUGAGUCCUCAGGCUUUUACACAAUCUGCAACAACUUCAUUCUGCACUUCGGCGAAGAAGAACAAUCACAGCUGUCCCGACUGAUGGAAAAGUAUUCAGUUUCCAUUGAGGAGUCAUUCGAAACAAGUCGUGCAAGCAUAAUCGUACAAGGGAAGUCAGCUGUAGAUGUUGCAGUUGCUGGGUUGCAGGUGGAGGCUCAACUCAUCAACAUCCAGAAGGAGUUUGUCAAAGAGGAAGCGAGUGCCAUUUUCAAGAUGAUAUCUCAGGAUGUGUCCUUUGAAAAGAAGGCACUCAGUGACUCAAGCUACGAGUUCUCAGACAGGAUGUCUGCCUUCAAACAUAUGUUGCUGCGGGCAGCGAAGGUGGACAGAGUGGAGAAUGCUGCACUGGAGAAGCUCUUUGAGCACAAGAAAGAACAGCUAGGCUGCUUCAAACCUAAAACAAUGUAUCAGCGCAUCCCUGCACAGUUCAUUGACAUGGUUAGCCGUGUCGGAUUCCACACAGAGUUCGCUCCACCUGAUGACCCAGCAUAUGGAGAGGGCAUCUACUUUGCCAGCAGCCCGAAAAAGGCCAUGGAUGUGUGGAAGGGGCCAAAGAAGGGGUAUCUGCACUUCGUGGAGGCCGAGGUGCUGACAGGAAACUCCACCCUCGGUCAAAGGGAUUUCAUUCUGCCACCUCUCGUGGGGAAAGACUCACUGAAGAUGUAUGACAGCCUGAGCGGACCUGAGAUCUCUGUCAUAUUCAAUGGUCAUCAAGCUCUGCCCAAGUACAUUAUCACCUGUGAGGUCUGAAAAGUGAUUUCAGUGUCUCUCGUUGUCUUGUUGUGGUGCAAACACAAAUUUAAGAAUCUUCCUUUAGAUUGUAAUUACUAUCAGAAAGCGAUAGCUGAUUGCAUUCCACACUGAAACAAUAUGAGUGCGGAGAAAUCAAAUGUGUCAGAUAUUUGUUUUUCUUACAGCUGAACAUUGGACGGCUGCAGCUUGAUUAAGAAUUUUGUCAUUACAACAUAUUAUAUAUUUUUUUUCCUUAUUAUACAAUCACACCAUAUAUGCAGUCAGUAUAACAGCAACAUAUUACACUAGUGAUGACAUAACAUUUAAGUUGAUUUUGCCUUUUUACUCUACAAAGACUAAUGUAAUCCUUUUAUAUAGCAGGUGAUUCUUGGUCAGCAGCUAUGGGUUCUCUAUUUAGGUAUGGUUACAAAUACAUGAUUAUGUAUGUAAUUGUAAAAUGAUCAUAAAACAAUGAUAAUGUCAAAUUGUGCCUGAUGACAUCAAAAUUAAAACAUGUAAAUUAAG